AUGGAAUUCAACCGGGUUUACUUCCCACGACGAAUCGCUUUAGCUCUUGGUCGCCCAUUCGUGUUCUGCGUCGGGGAGCCGAUCAUUCUCAUCUUCAGCUGCUACGUGGCUGUCAUUUUCAUCAUUCUCUAUACCUUUUCUGCGGGCUAUGUCUCAAUCUUCGAAAACAUAUACCACAUAGAUCAUAGAAAAACCGGCAUCUGCUUUUUCGGAAUCGUAGUCGGCGUGCUUACAUCCGCCCUACCCGUUCCGCUGAGCAUGAAAUAUACGAACCGGAGUCAAUCUUUCCAUGGCCAUGUUCGGAGCACCGGCCAUACCAAUCGGUCUCUUUUGGAUGGGAUGGAGGCGUAUCCGUCCAUUUCGAUCUGGUCGCCGAUUAUUUCUUCGGUGGUCUUUGGUUUUGGCGUUGUUUGUGUUUUCGUCUCGGCGUACCAGUACGUCGCGGCCGCCUAUGAGUAUUAUCCUGGAAAUGCCGUGGCGUCUCUUCAGAUGUUUCGUCUUACCGCUGCCGGGGUGAUGGCUGUUAUUGCAGAUAUCAUGUAUGAUAAACUUAGCCCGCACUGGACCCUGGCUGUUCAGGGGGCUAUUGCGACUAUCUUUCUGCCUGUGCCGUAUUUGCUUUAUAUUUGGGGCCGUAAGGUGUGGACAUGGAGUCGGUAUGCCCCAACUGGGGAGAAGUGA